GAUGAGUAUGCAAGAAAAGCCAAUGAUAUUAAAUGGAGAAGUGGACAACACAAAUGAUCAACCAGAAUCACGACUGUAUAAACGUCGAUGGGUCAUAAUAUUUGUCUUCUCAUUUUAUCUGUCCAGCAAUGCCUUUCAGUGGCUUUCUCUCAACAUUAUAGGUGACGUCAUAUUAACGUUUUAUAACGCGAGUUUACCGGAAGAUGAAUUAAAAAGAGACAUGUCACUUGAUUGGCUGUCUUUGAUUUAUAUGUUGACAUAUGUUAUACUUAUUAUUCCCUCCAUGUGGUUUCUACAGAAAAAAGGAUUACGAGUAUCAGCUUUGUGUGGGGCAUUUCUAAAUGCCAUCGGAGCUUGGAUAAAGGUAGCAUCUGUGAACUCUGACCGAUUUGGGGUUCUUAUGUUCGGACAAACUAUGUGUGCCAUUGCUCAGGUAUUCACUCUCAGUUUACCAGCAAGAAUAGCAGCAGUGUGGUUUGGUCCUAACGAAGUUUCUACAGCAACGGCUAUUGGGAUUUUUGGUAUCCAGAUUGGUCAUGCUAUGGGGUUUCUAGUACCACCUAUUCUGGUACCACACAGUGAAAUUAUUGACGAUAUAGGCCAGAACUUAUCAGUAAUGUUUUACAUAAGUGCUGGUGUUUCUACAUUAUGUUUUAUUAUGUUACUAACUGUUUUCAGAGAUAAACCGCCAUUACCUCCAAGUAAAGCUCAAAAGAAAGUACUAGACUUAACAAAGAAUCGGGUGCAUUAUGGGAAAUCACUCCUCAAUUUCGUUAAAAACAGGGAUUUUUGCUUGGUUUGCAUUUCAUUUGCAAUGAACUUGGGUUGCUCAUAUGCCAUAUCAACCUUACUGAAUCCAAUCAUAUUGUUUUACUUCAAGAGUCACCAGAAAGAUGCAGGAUUUAUCGGUCUCACAAUUAUUUUAUCAGGAGUUGUUGGUUCUAUAUUAUCUGGAUUAUGGUUGGAUCGGACUAAAACAUUUAAAGGAACAACAAUCGGGAUAUAUUUAAUAAGUUGUAUUGGAAUGGUUGUGUAUACAUUUAUCUUAAAACUACAUCGUUUGUGGCUGGUGUAUAUGUGUGCUGGAUUUCUUGGGUUUUUUCUAACUGGCUACCGUCCUGUAGGAUUUCAGUUAGCCGCUGAGGUUACAUAUCCUGAAUGCGAAGGGACUUCAUCUGGGUUGUUAAAUUUAGCGGCUGAAAUUAUUGGAAUUGUAUCGACUAUUGGGAUGAGAGCAUUGAUGACAAACGUCAGUAUAUUUGCUGCCAACAUUACUGUGUGCUCUGCAUUACUUGUUGGAACCGUUCUAUCAGCAUUUAUCAGACCAAAUUAUAAAAGACAGGCGGCUGGCAAAGAGAUGCAUUCGAAAAUGGAAGUGGAAAUAGCUGUUGAAAUUGAUGAAAAAUCAAAGACGAGUUUGGAUAAUACAUAAUAAUAAAACUAACAAAUAUUUCUAUCUUACUUAAUUUUCUUAUCAUGUUUGCUUCCUUCGCUUUUUUAACUGUUCUAUUUAAAACGAAGAGAAAAUUUCUCUGGUUCUCUACGUUUUCACCCGAGUAACUUUGCUUCCAACCAUGUCAAGGUUCGUUUUAACUACGGUUAUGUAUUAAAAUGCAGAUAUUGACCGUCAUUACGGGCGAGUGCACAGCGACAUUUCUGUGAGAAUAUUUCCGGAAAUGCUGUUUCGAAAAAAAAACUAUACUUGUAAAAAUAGAUCGAACUCAGUUUAGCGACUGAAGGAAUUACUUUAAGCGAUACCAAUUUUACUGUACGAGAUGUGCAUUUGGGUCAUGAAUGUUUCUUCAGUCAUGGAUGAUUGAGGCCAAUUUAUUUUAAAAAGACUAACUUAAUUCAAAAAAUUGAAGAGCUGAUAUACUAAUAAAAGCCAUGCCUUGAGUGAAAUACUUACCUUGGUAUCAAAUGAUUUUCUUAAACUGAUAAUGGAAAAUUGCAAGAUAACAACAGAGUGUGGCCAUAAGUAUUCGGCACUUGGGAUUUUUCACUAUAUAUUUCAUACAAAACUACAUUUUUUCAAAACAAUAUUUUGGGGUCAUUUCUGGUUUGAUUUUUAGCAGCUAGGUACCAAUAGAAGCAGAAUUGUCACAGGCUUAUUUGUGUAUUUGGUUGUAUUUUUGUUGUGGAUCACUUUCAUAUUCUCAUGAGAUAAACACAAAUAUUUUUUUCUGUUCAGAAAUUUGUUAUAUGUUUUAAAAAAUUUAAAUUGUAAAAAAAUAUUAUAUGUGUUCAAAUCAAGAGAAAACAAAAACAACUGAAGACAAAACAAUGAUCAAAUAAACAAAUACACCUUGUUUGGAAAAAUCCAACCAUAAAUUGUCUUCAAAAUAUUUUUUGGAAAAAAUGUGUUUUUAUAUGAAAUAUGAUAGCAAAAAAUGCAGGUGACGAAUACUUUUAGCCAUGUAAUGUAUAUCUGAAUUUGAGUUAUUGCAUAAAUUAAUAAUUCAUUCGAAGUAUUACUAAUUGGUACGUGAUACCGGUCUUGAUAAUUUGGUUGAGAGGUGUGUGACAGCGAUAUUUUUCUCUUUGUUUUAUUUCGUGUAAAUUCAAACUUUAUCUAAAAGCAAGCGACUAUUGUUCUCCAAACUGUUAGCUUACAUGUUAAGAAGUUAAUCCAUUUUAAUCCUAGCAUUGUCCUUUUCUUGUUAUCAUAUACAUGUCUUUUUAAUUGUAUUAUUUGUUUAUAUCAUUACGUGACAAAUUUCAUUAUUAUAUGUUGUUAAUAUGAUUAAGUAAGAUUACGCAAUUCCUUUUAUAUUGUUUCUAUGUAAAUGGUCAGUUGGAUACCAGCGGUCAAACUGUACGGACGCCGUGCAUUUUACAGUGACAUUCAUUGUAUUUAGUAUAGAACAUUUAUUGGAAUUACCAGUUGUUUUAUCUUUUUGGAAUAUUUACCGUUGAACUUUUA